GAGGGAGGAGGCAGGUGUCAGAGUAGAGGUGAGUUGAAUUUUCAGUUUGAUCGAAUUGGAGAUGCGAGGUGGUUCAAACAGGAAUCCAUCGACCUUCACUCGGGCGGUCAACUCCGUUUUCACCUUCGUUCGAUAUGCCGAGUUUGAGAUCCUCUUCGUUCUCUUCUUCCUCAUCGCUUUCAUCAUUUUCAAAGAUCUGACAUCGAGGCCCGACUACAAUCAGAUUCUUGUAAAGAAGCCUGGUGGACCGGAUUGGUGGCCUUACUAGAAGCUUUCAUGGAGAUUCUGAAGACCAUAUUUAUUAAAGAUCCAGGAUAUUCAGCUACAAUUAGUAGUUCACUAGUUAGUUCUUCCUGUAUGUAAUUCCCACAUGAAAUCAGAAGAUGAAAUAAUGUGAAUAUGCUGUCAGAAUUUGAGGACUUGGUUGCAGUUCUUUCAAAAACAAUGAAAUCUUGUUUCUAAGGGGAUAUUGAUCGAGUUAGUGUGUACUUUUUCUUA